UUGCCAAAUAAAGACGUUUUUUAUUUAAAAAAUUUAAAUAUUACAUUUCGUGAGCAUUCCAGCUGAAACCUUAUCUACUGAUAUUAUGUUAUGUCAUCAGGAAUAUCGUCUGUCUGUUAUAUAUAAAAACGUGACAAAUUUUUUUAUGUGUGGGUGCACAAUACAGGUAGAUCCAUUUGGUUUAAGGAGAAAUACUCCCAUGUCCCACUUCAAAGCUGCUGUAAAGCCACUUGUGAGGGAUCAUGUUGAAGAAGAUCAGCCUCUUUACGUUUGGUCUUACUGUACGUCUCUGUAUUUUAAUCUUAACUUGUCGUAGAAGUCGUUGAGGAACAAGGCCUGGGAGGUUUUUUUGUUUAGUCUAGAAACUAAUACGAAGCUGAUUUACUGGUGAUAUGCAGUGUCAUAUACAUAUUGGCGCUGCAAUGCUACAGUUUAUAUCUGAACCUCCUUAUUAAAUGAAAUUUCAAAAACAAGAACUCUCAAAAUUUCAAAGAAAUUUUGAGAACGGACUUAGAACUAUCACCUUACCACAAACACAGUCUUGUCACUGCUCUGGUUUUAACGUGACCAUCAUGAUGAUGAGCUGCAGUUUACAUGUAGCAUAUGCAUUUAAAUCGUGACAUGAUUUGCCUGGUUUUCUACUUUACCUAACAAAUAGCUGGGAUGCAGGUGAUGCCUCAGAAAGUUGUUGAAUAUUUAGUCAUUCAGCUGUAUCAAUUAUUAUUUAUUAUCAGUUCAGUGUAGCUCUAAACAUAUAUACAAAUAUAUAAGCUGUAUUAACUACUGUUUGUUUAUGAUUGUAUUACUGUAUUUAAUUUUGCACAGCACUUUGGUAGAUUUAAAUGUGCUUUAAAGCUCUGGCUGUGCAGCUUGUGGUGCCCCAGGCAGUAGUACCGUGGCCCCUGGAUCUGGCUGGGCUGUCUCUGACUGGGGGGUGGUGGGGGUAGUGGGAUGGCUAGCAGAGCUAGACGGGAGCCUGGCUCUGUGGACCCCAGUGCCUUGCUUCCCAACUAUAUUACUCAUCCAGUUAGGUCUGUGAGGGGGCGUCCUGCUGAUGGAGGCCUGGGGUAAAUAGUAGGAUGCUCCUCAGUUUUAACUGCAUGAGCCAUAUACACUCACCCAGGGUUUUGGAGGGCUGUGUGGCCCUGGGGUUCCUUUUUUUCCUCUGUCCCCUGCCUCUCCCUGGUUGAGUGUGGCGGGGGGUGGGGGUACUGCUCAGGAGGUGCUGGGGGCCUGCCUGGGGCCCCAUGAACGAGAUAAAAGCGAAUGGUGUGGGUUCACAUAUGACUCAGUUGAUGUUUGUGGAAGUGUGUGUUCAUGUGUGUGUGCGUUUAUGUAUGUGGUGCGGUGGGUGUGUGUGUGUGGGGGGGAUCUGUUCUCUGUUCAGGGUGCGUGGAUCCGCUGCCUGGAUGGUUUCUUCUUCUGCCAACUCCACCUCCGCCUCAUGUUGCAGGCCCGAUGUGGGGCCAGGGGCUAUGAUCAUGCUACUGGGGUGGGCCCCGAGUAGCAGCUACUUCCUGCUGCUAAUCCUGCAACUACAAAUGUAUUAGUUGAAAUUGUUGCAAUGUAUCGGUAAUGAAAACUAUAUGUAAUAAUAAUAUGACAUCUAAACCUUCAGUCUAUGGUGCUAAAAAAAUGGUGUUCAAGUGUGAGCUGGUAGAACUCAUGUAAAUGUUCUUCUUCAGGUAUGGGAUGGUAAUCAGAGAAUACCACACAUGCUUUGUUGUUGUAAGUCAAAUCUGCUGUAGGCAAAGUUAAGACGCUUCUGGUAAAUUAUGAUAAGGAGGCGGUCGGGGCGUCACCUCGUCUUCACUCUCAGAUCCCUAUUCAAGACAGAACUGCUUCAGACAUGUCCAUGACCUGAGCUGUGGUUCAGCCUUAUGUUUUAUAUUUAUUUUUAUUGCCCUGCAUUAUUUUGAACCAGUUUGUUAGUCUGGCAUUGUCUCUAUAGUGAACGAGCUUAGUGGUUUGAAAAAAUCCUAGUGGGGGAGUUAGUUAGUUUGUCGGCCUCUAGUGGCCGAGGAUCUGGUCUGUGGGUCUGUGGAGCUUGUUGGUCUGAGCUUAUUUGGAAUUUUUUGCAUAUAUUAAAAUGUUUUGAAUAGUUACACGGCUUUCUGGUUUCCUAAUUUUCCUAACAACAAAUAAGAUGCGUAGUAAGCUGCAUGUAAUCCCUGGGUACAUACGGUCUAUUAUUUUAGUUAUAUGUUAUAUGAUCCUUGUCCAUACUGUAGGUUGUUCCGUGUUUUAGACUUUUAAAUUGAUGGUCAAGUUUUCUAUAUGUAUCUACUGAUGCUUAAAAGUCAGACUAGAAUUACAAAUGUAUAAGCAGAAAUAAUAUAAUAUAUAAAAAUACUUUAUUGACUCUUAAUAUUUUAAAUAUUGUGCCAUCAUAUACUGUACACCACAUACCAACAUACAAAAGAUGUACACAAUUAUACAAAAUGGCAAAAAAAGAAAAACCACCAAUAGCUACUUUAAUAACCUGAAACUGGACCGUAGUGAACCUUGACCCAAACUCACAUGUGGGCAGGUACAGUUCAUGUAAAUGUCCUUCUUCAGGUAUUUAAGUGGUGUUAACCAGUGAACACCACUCACACUUGGUUGUUGCAAGUGAAAUCGGCUGUAGGUAAAGUUGAGACACUUCUGGCAAAUCAUGCUAAAAGGGAUUAGCUCCAGGCGUCGCCUCGUCGUCACCCUCUGUUUUAUUUUAAGACUCUUUUCAUUCAUGCCGGUCUCUCAGCAAGACAGAGUCUUCAUUUACGUGCCUUAUUCGGUGAAGCAAUGGGAAGCCCGACGCUACUGCAGGGAACAUCACACUGACCUGGCGACCUUUCAAAACGCAGGUGAAUUAAACGCUCUACAGGCUCCAUGUCGGACAGACUCCUACUGCUGGAUCGGUCUCCAAAGGGUCCCGCGUGGUUCUGACACCAUGGUUUGGUCUGACGGAGAAGCAAAAGGCUUCACACAUUGGGACACAGGAGAACCUAAUCAUUUGGAUGAGAAUUGUGUUGGGAUGCAAAACAGUGUUUGGUUCGACACAGAGUGUCAUAAUGAGGAACCUUUUCUGUGUUAUGAAGAUGAACCUAUUUUAGUACAAAAUAACAAGACAUGGGAGGAGGCUCUGGACGACUGCCGCGCUCUUUACCAGUCCCCCUUUUCAAACCCCAACUACUUCAAACACGUCUACGACCUUUAUCAAAUCCGCUCUGGGAACUUCACGUCUAUCACCCAGGGGGUGAUCGCUGAAGCUCAGACCCAAGAGGUGUGGAUCGGUCUGCGGUUCCUGGCGGGAGAGUGGCUGUGGCUCAACGACAACCCUCUGCAGAUCCAGCUGCCCGACUGCCCCGCGGACGGAUAUCACUGUGGCACCGUCACAAAAACGGGACGAAUACAGCUCAGCAACUGCUCAGAGAGCAGGAACUACUUUUGCUCAAGAAACUAGAGAACGCACGGAGAUGGUAGUUUUGUUUGUAUCAUUUAAAAAAUAUACAGCUGGGACACUGUAAGGAUGCCGUGGUUGCCUGCUGCUGCUGAUGGGUUUGGUGAUGCAGCAGGUGAAAGGUCACGAUCACCAUGACCUUAGGAGAAUUCAGGGGAAUGGGACAUCUGACACAAAUAUCCAUCUGGAUUAGUUACCUUUUACGGAGUUUUCUAGUCCAGCACUUCUUUCUGAGGUUUAUACAACAACGAUUCAAGUCAAACACAUCUGCUUAAUAAUGCCUUAUUAUUGCUCAAUGAACUGAUAGUCUGGCAGCAGGACAGGAUCCCAAAACUUCCACCAGAACCCUCUUUGCACAAUGUGGUGGAGUGAAACAAAUGACGUUUGUCGUGUGUAUCUGUUUUAAAUUGCUGGUCACAUGUCUGUGUUUACUACUGAACUGCAGUGAAGGCAUUACAAAAGCUUUGUAACAGUUUAGAAACGCCCUCAGUCUUAAAACUUCACAGUUUGGUUUAAAUAAACCAAAUGCAAACACGCUUUGCUUGGAUUCAAGUUGUUUUCACAGCCCUAAUUUAUACUUCAAUAAUAUUAAGUUUCACUUUACGUGUCGCUUAGCAUUUGACUAGAAUCCUAUUUACUUAGCAAAUAGGAACCAGAGACUCAGUGAGCACAGGAUGCAGGAGUCCAAAUGCUUACUUGACUUUAUUAAAACAAUAAAAU